AAUAGUCAUUCUGCCUUUGCUCAUUUCCCCUUUUCAAAUCCUCUUCUUAUUCUUUACUCUCCUUAACUAGAAAACCAAAAAAAAAAACCACAAUACCAUAGUACACACAUAUAACUACUUCUUCAAACUUAUACAUUUACAUACUCACUCAUACAUACAUACAUACAUACCUGUACUCAAUCUUCUAAUCUCUUUAUUGACUUGAAUUUUCAUACCUUUCAAAAAAAAAAAAGAAAAAAAAAGAAGAAGAAGCAUUCAAACUAAAAAGAAGUAAAAAUAAUAACAUAGUUACCCAUUACUUACACCACCUUUUUCUUUCUUUUCUUUUCUUUUUACUUCUUACUCAAUUACUCACUCAUUUACUUUCUUAUUCCAGAGUCGAACCAUUAGCCGCCGUCUUACCUUUAUAAUUUCUCCUUCCCCUUAUUUCAAUACCUUUAUUCAUUCAAACCAAUCUAUAUAUAAAAAAAACGAAUAACCAACAAUGGGAAAUACGUGUAGUUGUUGUACUGAUUGCUUUGGAAAGCGGAACCGUACCGGCCUUUAUGAGCCACUUUUACAGGAAAAUGAGCGCGAGGCAAUUGCCGAAUUGUUACAAUACCUCGAAAAUCGUAACCAGACAAACUUUUUUGAAGGCGAGCCUUUACAUGCCUUGUCAACACUAGCAUAUUCAGAUAACGUUGACCUCCAAAGAUCAGCAGCACUUGCGUUUGCAGAGAUUACAGAAAAAGAUGUGAGGCAGGUUGGCCGGGAGACACUUGAUCCAAUUCUGUUUCUGUUGCAGUCGCACGAUGUUGAAGUCCAGCGAGCAGCGAGCGCAUCCCUGGGAAAUCUUGCUGUGAAUGCCGAAAACAAAUUAUUGAUCGUUAAGCUCAAUGGCCUCGAACAAUUGAUUCGUCAGAUGGGCAGCCCAAAUGUAGAAGUACAAUGUAAUGCUGUUGGUUGUAUCACUAACCUUGCUACUCAUGAUGACAACAAAGCAAAGAUCGCAAAGUCGGACGCUCUCCGUUUGCUGGUAGAUUUGGCCCGAUCCAAGGACCAAAGAGUACAGCGUAAUUCAACCGGCGCUCUACUCAACAUGACGCAUACCCAGGAGAACCGCCAACAGUUGGUAAAUGCAGGGGCAAUCCAGGUCCUCAUCGGUCUACUCAAUUCCCCAGACGCUGAUGUUCAGUACUAUUGUACCACCGCCCUUAGCAAUAUAGCCGUCGAUGCCGGAAAUCGAAAGAAACUAGCCCAAACAGAUUCUCGGCUGGUUCAAUACCUUAUUGCCCUCAUGGAUACAAAGAGCUUAAAAGUACAAUGCCAGGCUGCACUUGCUCUCCGAAACCUUGCUUCAGAUGAAAAAUACCAACUCGAGAUCGUACGUUGCAAAGGUCUGCCACCCCUCCUCCGUCUCCUCAAAUCGGCGUUUCUGCCUCUCAUUUUGUCUUCUGUGGCCUGCAUUCGAAACAUUUCCAUUCACCCUGCCAACGAGUCACCGAUCAUUGAUGAGGGUUUUGUGAACCCACUGAUUGAUCUACUGUCGUACGACGAAAACGAGGAGAUCCAGUGCCAUGCGAUUUCGACCUUGCGCAACUUAGCCGCCAGCUCAGAACGCAACAAGAGAGCGAUCGUGGAAGCCGGUGCAGUAGAACGCAUCAAACAGCUGAUCGGUGUUGUUCCCCCGACCGUGCAGACAGAGAUGACGGCCGCAAUUGCCGUUCUGGCCCUCAGCGAUGAUCUGAAACAGCGCCUGCUGGCUUCGGGUGUGCUCGAAGUCCUGGUACCCCUGACAUCAAGUGACAAUAUGGAGGUCAAGGGAAACUCGGCUGCUGCAAUCGGAAACCUUAGUUCAAAGGUCAAGGAUUACACCCCAUUCGUCAAAGUCUGGGACAGCCCGACUGCCGGAAGUCUGCAUAGUUUCUUGGUCCACUUUCUUGAUGAAGAGCAGGACAUUGCCUUUCAACACAUUGGUGUCUGGACAGUAGAGCAGUUCCUCGAAGGAAAUGAUAAGGAACUGGUUACCAAAAUAGCACAGUCUCCCUCUAUUGUUCAGUCUAUUAGAAGAAUUGCAAAUGCUGGUCCUGAAGAGAGACCAAAGAAGAUGACAGAACAUACAAAUGAAGACACUAUGGAUGAGAUGGACGGUGACAUAUUUGGCUUGGCCAAACGGGUGGCUGGAAUGCUUCAGGAAGUACAAUCCACAAAAGGAGAUACCGAGAAAUGGUUUAUAGGCAAGAGACAGCAGUAAAAAAAAAGAAGGAAAAGAGAAGAGAAGAGAAGAGAAGAGAAAACUGUCAUGCAAACGGAUUUCUGCUCUCUUAUUUUCCUUCUUUUCUUUCUACUCCUACCUCUACACCACAACAUCCACAACAACCAUAAAUCACUGCCACCACCACCACUUCCACCCAACCUUCUUGUCCCUUUAUUUUCAAAUCCAUUUAAACUAUCAAUUUAUCACACUAUCCCCCCUACCUUCCCUUACCCUUUUUUUUUCUUGUCUCUUCCUCCCAUCUCUCUUAUACACACACACACACAUUAUAUAUCUACUUCCAAAUUCCCCCCCUCCAAUCCCUUUUCUUCUUUUAAUUCUUCUUCUUCUGUUACCCUUCAACCAACCAAAGUAUUUUACAACCCAUCUUCAUUAAAUCACUCCCACUUGAAAACAACAAGAAAAAUGGCAUUCCUUUAAAUUACAAAUAAAGAAGAAGAAUAAUAAUAAGAAGAACAUCAAAAGAGGUUGAGAUGGAGGAGGUAGAAAGGGUAACAUUUUAUAUCAUCUUUCUUUCUUUCUUUUUUAUAAUAUACUUUAUAUAAUAUUUUUUUUCUAUUUCGAUC